UCUUCCGACUCAAGGGUGACGUCGAAGGCUUACAGGUGCAGAGGGCGGGGUAGUGUCCGUAGACAGGGCGAUAUCGCAGGGAACACAGAAGGCGAUUGAAAGAUGUGUGCGUGUGUGUGAUAGCGGUGCUGCAGGUACAGCGUCAGGCAGCAGAUUUUGCGUUUCGUUCCAGCCCUGGAACAUCAGAACCCAGGCUCCGGAGAUACUCUUUUUCUCCUGCAAUGUCGGGCGGAGGCGACGUUCGUGUGCUCCGCCAAGAAUCCGGGCAGGAGAGCCCGAGGAUGCCGGCCUGGAAACGAGAGAUCCUCGAACGGAGGAAAGCAAAAGGCAGCGGGUCUGGAGCAGGUGGCGAGUCUUCACCGAGCGCAGCCACAUCUCGUGUUAAUGGCGAGGUAACAGGAAAUAGCGGAUCUAAAAAUAAGGACGAUGCCAGCGGCGCUAAUCCUAACGGGAACUAUACCAUCACCCCUGCCAGUCAGUUUUUCGGUAGCAAGCGUGGCAGCGGCACCCCCAAAUCCCCGGAGCAGUCACCGGUGAAAACAAAAGAUCUGUGGACGGCCAUAGAAUCCUACGACCCGAAAUCAGCGGAGAGUAAGGUAAGGGACAACGGAACUGAAGAGAGCCUAGUGUUACAGGAGAGUUUAGGUCCGUUGGAGGAAAACCCUUUUAUUAAAUUAGAGAAGGAGCGAAAGAAGCAACUGGACCGGGAAAGCUCACGUCCCAUGCAACACAUAUUGGAACUGUAUGGCAGUGUUCCUGGGAUUCGGACUAUUCGUGCAGAGAACAUCAUCAUUAUAGAAUCCGAUCCUGAUUACUUUCCGGAGGGAAGCGGCAUUAAACAUGCAUCUAAACUGCAGCAGAACGGUGUAAGUAGCUAUAGCUCUCUUAACGAUCUGUUAGAAAGGAGAGGUAGUCCGGUUGCUGAGAUACGCGCAAAGGAGGUAGUUAUUUAUGAUACAGCACUAAGUAAAAGCGAGGAGAACUUAAGCACUGUGGGUCACGGUUCGGAACUGGCCGACCUUGUCGACGGUCAGGGCAGGGUGAGUCGCAUGCUGCAGAAAUUCGACCGUAACUACGGUAAACUGCAACCCAGGUCGCGGAGCACUGAGAACCUCCUAGACUUAGAUUCUACUUCCGUGAGGCCAAGAUCCCGACCCUCACCAAAGCCAGAUCUGGUGCCAAAGCCAAUCACGUCCCCUCUGCCGGGCUCGCCCGUACACACCUUGGACCGGUCAGUGCCGUCUAGCCCACAGAUUUCUCAGUCUUCCAAAACAAAAGCACAGCCUCCUCUUUCUGAUGUGGAGAGCCCUCCUGCUUCCCCUCAUCCCGUGUCUGCCCUCCUCCGGAGCUUAGAGGCCAGCCGUGGUGGUCGCCGGAUCACCAUCAACCCAAAAGAGGAGGCAGACAGGGCCGGCUCCUCCAAGCCCAUCCGUGAGCGAGAAUGGGAUCAAACAGAUGGGUCCUCCAAGCCUCCCAAGGUGCCAUGCUCUCCAGUCCGUGCACGUGCCGACUUUUCAGACGACGGCCCCGGUUCCCUCCAGCCGCCGGACUCCCCCACCUUCGAGUUCCGCCCGGCCCCCAGGCCGGACCUCUCCCUGGUCCCCACCGGCGACCUGCAGGCCCGCGCUCUCGCCAACCUGCGCCUGCAGUCCCGCAAGUCCUUCACAGUGAUCCCCAAGACUCGCCGCAGCUCCUCUGUCUCCUCUGCCUCCUCCCCGGGUAGUACCACGCCCUCCAGCCCGGUCCUGUCCCCCCCACCGUCUUCCCAGCGGCCCUCCGAGCCGACCACCUUCCCUACCCCCCUGAACUCGACUUUAGCAGCAGCAGUGCCAACCAGUCGGGUCGUGCCGCCCCCGACGCCGCCCGUCUCCAAAAAGCGAGAGUCUGAGAGGGGUCCCAGGCCAGCCAAAAAGGAGCUCCUGCUCGGUCAGCCCGUGCCCAGCAGUCCACCACCUGAACCGGUGGCCCAGCCAUCUCCUCCACCCCUUGCCCGGAAGGAGCCGCCACUGCCUGCUGAGAAACUUCCAGUCACCAACAUCGACGAUGUGGACGUGGAGCCCACACCACCUGCUCCGGCACCCGUUCCCGGUCAGCCGACCACCAGCCCCGUGGUGCAGAAGCGUAAGGGCAACACCUUCACGGUGGUGCCAAAACGCAAGCAGGAGCCACAGGUAGCCUCGCCUGAUCCCCAGGACUCAGCCGCUGGGUCACCUGUGGCGGGUGCUGGGGCCUCCCAGGCCCCCUACGCCCAGCUGGGCACGCUGUUGAAGAAGCGCUACCCGGCGGUAGAUGAGAUCGAGGUCAUCGGUGGCUAUCUGUCACUUGGCCGUUCCUGCCUGUCCAAAUCUGGAUCCACAGGCAAAAAGCUGAAGAUCUCCUUCAAUGAGUCGAGUCUGCAGAGCACGUUCGAGUACCCGUCCGAGAACAGUGUCUGGGGCAGCGAGGACGAGGAGGAAGACGAGGAAGAGGAGGAGGAGGAGGAGGGGGGAAGGCCGAGGAAGGAAGAGGAGCAGGGCCUCCUGGAGCGUGUGCGGAUCCCCCGACCCAGCUUCACCAGCUCCCCCACACACACCACCACCACCACCAACAACAACAGCACUGAUCUGUCCAACUACACACCGAAGCAUGGUAUGGAUUACAGUGCCUGGCAAGACCACAAGCUUGAUGACCCUGCCCUCCUGGGGGGGUCCAAUUCUCAACGCACAGACACACCCCAAGAGGAGGUCAUGCUCACGCCGGCCGAUAGCUCCUCCCUGUCAGACUUCAGCAGUGAACCAGCUCUUUACUUCUGAACCUCUAGAACCUUCUGGAACGCCACGGGACCAACCACUGCCUGCAAGCACCAGCCCGCCUACACACGAGUACACAUACGGACAUUUACACACACACACACACACACACACACACACACACACACACA